AUAUUACAAUAAUACCAAAUCAGUAUACUGAUUUUGGGCAAGUUACGUGCCGAGCACAAAACGAAUUAGGUUUAUUUGGUGAAUGUCAUGUUAAUAUGAUUUUAGGAGGUAUACCUGAUCCAAUAAAAUCCUGUCAUUAUACAUAUUUAAAUUCGACAUUAACUGUAAAUUGUGUAGCGGGUUAUCAUCAAGGUGAUGAAGAUUUUUUUUGUUAUAUGUAUAAACGUCAAAAGAAUGGCUCUUACUCUGAACAUGCACGUUUAAAAGGCAAUUGUGCAUUUAUACUUCCUGAUCUUAAACCUGAACUUUAUCAUGACUUUCAAGUUUUUACAAAAAAUAAAUAUGGAGAUAAUUAUGAACGAAGUUAUUCAAUUAAAGUUGGAAAACCAAAAGUCGAUAUCUUUACAGAAAAAGCUCGUAUUUAUUGGCCUUAUCUAGCUUUAUUCGUUAUUGGUGCAUGUCUUGGUUCAUUAGUUUUAAUCUGUUGUUCCUGUCAUAAAAUGCGAAAAUCAAUGCAUAAUAAACGAAAAGCUACCGAAAAUUUUGAAAAUCUUACUUAUCAAAAUCAUGAUUCUCAUCAUUCACAUAGCAAUUCAAAUGGGAAAAUGUCUUUCGUACAUUUAAAACAAAAUGGUAAUGGAACAACAUAUCCUGUUCGUCCCUAUCGUUCAAAAGAUCAUUUAAUAUCUUAUGAAUCUUCAACAUUAUAUCGUAAUAAUCCACAAUUUAAAAGUAUGUAUUCAACUGACGAUGAUAUAAUCUCUAGUCGACGAAAUACAUUUAAAGAAACAGAUCUUGAUCAUCCACUUAAUGUAUCAAAUGAUCAAUUAAAUGGAACAAUAAAAACUUUACCAAUAAAUCGAAAUCGUACACUUCUUUCGACAUUUGAUUCUCAACAAGAUCAAUUAAAUGAAACAAAUCAAAUUCCUGUAGCAAUGCAACGUCGUUCAAGUUUUCAAACGGCAACAAAAUUAAAUAAUUUAGAUUUCUAUACAACACAAGAAUCAUUCUAUUUUCUUGAUAAACAAAUAAUAAAACCUAGUCAACGUAAUCAUUACUCACCUGAACAUUAUCGUGACAAACAUUCGCCAUAUAUUAAAACCGAUCAAAAUAACCUUAUUGUUGAAAAUACAAUGUUAAUAAAUACAAAAAAUGAACAACAAAUACGUGAAAUUAAUCCUCUUAAUGAAUUUACUCGAGAUAAUUUCAAAGAUACGAAAAAAUUUAUUUUAAAUAAUAAUAAUCAUCAUUCAAAAGAAGAACGUAAACUUGAUGAUGGUAUUUUUGUGUAA